GGGCGCGCCGGCCUCCCUGCGGGGCCCGCCUCGCUUCGCGGCCGCCUUCGGGCUUGCGGGGCGCGCCGGGCCUCGGCGUGGCUGGCCUGCGUCGGCUUCCGGGGCGGGCGCCCAAGAAGCCUCUCCUCCCGGCCUCGGUUGGCUUCGCCCGCAGGACGGGGCGACACGCCUCCCAGCUCGGGUUGCCAGCUCCGGGGCGGGGAAUUCCUGGAGAUUUUGCCCCUGGGGCCUGGAGAAGGCAGGGCUGGAGGACGGGCGCGAGCAGGCUCGGCCGGCGACGGCGCCCCGGAGCCCGCCCUCCAAAGCAGCCCUUUCCCGGGGGUGGCAACAAGCACGAAGGAGAACCACGGGACUCCCCCCUACCUGGAAAGCAAACGACACCGGGGUUAUCGAACGACACUGACCGGGUCCCGAGUCAGCCAUGCAAACAUAUAAUUCAAUAUUUUAAAUGUACACUAUCAGAAGCAGGUAAGGACCAAAGGUGCCCCCCAAGAAUCUGAGCACAGCCCGGCUGUGCCCGCCUGCUCGACGCGUGAUGAUUUUCCGAUGGCCCCGAGGAGCGCGCCAGGCGCCAGUGCCCCGCAAGGCAACGCGAGCUGCCCCCGAUUCCCUACGCGCCGUGUAACUUCCCUCGCCCUCUCGUUCACAAGGCAAUGACUCGCGGAGCCCUGUGUUCCGUUCUGGGCACCCCAAUUUAAGAACGAUGUUGACAAACUGGAGCGUGUCCAGAGGAGGGCAACGAAGGUGGUGAGGGGUCUGGAGAUGCCCUCUUAUGAGGCAAGGCUGGAAGAGCUGGAGAGGAGGAGGCUCGGAGGUGAUAUGAGAGCCGCCUUAAGUGUUUUAAGAUGGAGUCCAGCAAUGAGCCCCCGUGUCUGGGCACUUUCGAAUGUGAGCUGUGUGGAUUACGUGUCCCGUACAGUUACUAUGGGUGCAACCCUCCAAAUACCUACUCUGUUACCCUCCUGGAGAACUGCUACGUCAUGAGAGAUCCGUUCACCUCUGACAAGGGCAAAUUCCUUAUCCUUGGAUCUGAGUGCAGUUUGUGUAGCAAGCGUGUGUGCGUUGGCACAGACUGUAGUCUUUUCUACACAAAACGAUUCUGCCUCCCAUGUGCUAACUCACACUUAGAUGAGUUUCCUCCGGAAAUAAAGCAAGAACUGUUGAAGAAAACUCAGUCCAAAUCCAAGUCUUCACAGAAAGGAGAUUCCAGGGAAGCAAAGAAAAAGUAGAAUUGCUGUAGCCCGAACCAGAGUCUACCGAGAGGGCAGAAGAUAGCGAGGGAAGCAAAGCAGAACGACGGAAACUUGCUUCAUUUGUGUUCCCUUAACAAAAUUUGAAUUACAGAUCAAAACUGGCACCUGGAGUUGUGCCCGGAAACCUCCUGGCAGCUGCCUGUGCUGUCGCUGCCUCGGGCAACAGCCCUUCUGCCCACACCUUGACCGUUCAAGGCCAGGCUCUGGCGGCUUUGAUGUGUCUGCACAGAGGUCUUGGGACAGUCCAAAAUGCACCACAGAGCGAGUUGCAGCCCUUCCUCUUACAUCUUACCCACAUUUUUGCAGUCAUACAUGGCUUUCUAGUGGUAACUCAGAUUCCCAGAAAUCUGAAUUUAGUUCACAAAAAGAGCCCUUUUUUCUGUGUAUGCAGCAUUUUGAUGAAUAUUACGGGAUUGAGCUUGUCAAGGUUUGGAAAGAACAUUUCUUUCAAGGUAUUUCUUGUCGUACAACGUACUGACCUUGUUUGUUUCAAUGAUUGAUGAAUUGCUGUCUGUUAGCCUUAUUGAAUAAAGUAGGAAAUGGUUAACACA